UGCAAUACUUUCUGGAAUACAGUAAGGGUUAGACCCACCCUUGCGAUUUUUAUGCGUGCAUUACAAAGAAUACUAGUCUGUCCAGCCCCCUUUCAUACUUAGGCGAGCUUUGGAUGAGUCUUCGUGGUCACUUCAUAGUUCAUAAAGAGUUCGUUCCCAUUUUUAGCAAAGUGUUUUCAAGGAUUCUCUGAAACUGCAUUCAAGUACAUCAGUUGCCUUUCCACCACUCUUAGCUCACAUUUGAAGAUGUCAACCCCACAAACGGUGUCCUCUGGCACAGAUCCUCCCAAGUUACAUCGCCUGUUCAAGUUUUACGAUCCUGAAGCAGUGGCGGUAAUGGCAAUUUUGCUUGGUCUGUUCCAAGUGCUCCUGACUAUACCAACUUACAACAUCAGCACUGAUAUUAGAUAUUUGUUUGUCUGUCCUCUUUGUGUUGGUUCUGUGUCUGUGGUUGCUGGAUCACUUGGUAUAGCAUCUGAAAGAACCCCUAGCAGACAACUGUUGAAAAAAUGUCUGUUUGCUGGACUUGCUAGCUUAGGAGGGACACUGAUAUCUCUUUUUCUGUAUGGUUAUGCUGUUAGGAACUUUCCACUGUUUCCUCCUUGCAAUGAAUUUCUCCUUCACAUAUGUCCAGGACAGAUCUUUCAAGGUUUAUACAAAACAGUCUCUUGGCAGCUGUUGUUUUAUGAUUUUGCAGCUCUGGCUCUUCAUUGUUUCCUGUCAUUUUCUGCUUUUAAAGGACUGAAAACACAUUGAGAGAUCACUUUUUAUAUAUAAACCAAUACUGCUUUGUUUGUUUUUUGUUUUUUAGGGACAGUCAUUUAAUGUGCAUGUAAACUUUUAUAUUUCAGUUUAUAUUUUUGUGACUAAAACAAACACUGCUCUUGUCCCUCAUUUUGAUUUUUUUCAUUGAGAAAUGUAACUUUACGAUAUUGUCAUGUAUGAAAUACGGAUAUUGAAGUCUAUGUGCAACUCCGAUCACUAAAAAUCGAUCUACUUUG